ACCAAAUUGCAUAUACAUAAAUUACAGAUGACCCUAUAAGAAACAGUACAGGUACCUGCAUUAGCGUGACCUUUCACCUUUAACCCUGCUGUCAUGGAAGACACGAUGGUGGUGCGUACGGACGGGAACUCUCUGCUCAAGGCUGUGUUCCUGAGCCGACUGCGUCUGACACGCCUGCUGCUGGAGGGAGGGGCUUACAUCAACGAGAGCAACGAGCGCGGCGAGACGCCCCUGAUGGUGGCGUGCAAGACGCGCCACACGGACGCACAAAGCGUGCCCAAACACAAGAUGGUUCGGUACCUGCUGGAGAGCGGAGCUGACCCAAAUAUCCAGGACAAGACCGGUAAGACGGCCCUGAUGCAUGCCUGUUUGGAACAGGCGGGGGCAGAGGUCCUCUCUCUACUGCUGGGAAGUGGAGCUGACCCCAGCCUGGACGACCACUCUGGCUUCUCAGCACUGGUCUAUGCUGUCAACGCAGGGGAGAACGAGGCCCUGAGAGUCCUACUGGAUGCCUGCAAGGCCAAGGGCAAGGAGGUCAUCAUCAUCACCACGGACAAGCUGCCGUCAGGACGCCAGAUGACCAAGCAGUACCUGAACGUACCCCCGCCUCCCGACCUGGAGGAGCGCCUGCACUGCACCCCUGGCUCUGCUGCCUGCUGCAUGCCCCCCUCAGAGAUCCAGCUCCGCACCCCUCCGCAGGGCACCUCAGCCACUGCCUCACCCCAGCCAGGGAGCCCCCUCCUGGGCCUCAGGGAGCACCACCACCAGGGUGGUGGAACAACCAUCUCUGGUUCUGCUGGUUCUGGUUCUUCUCAGCCGGGCUCCCCGACCAGGGACCCUAACUUGUUUCGAGGCCCCGGUCCUGGGGUGGUGAAGCUGUUCCAUCCCCAGCGGCUCCACUCUGAGCCCUGGGUGCAGCAGAACAAGGCCUCCAGCCUGACCGAGGAGCUGCUGGACAUCACCCCAGAGGAAGAGCUCUCCUUCCGGGUCAACAGCCUGGUUUUCUCUGGGUCCGGAAGGGUGGGGCCCGGGGCACAUCCGAUCGUCGCCCGCCACCAAAGUAUCGACCCCAAGGAUGCCACGGGGCAGCUGGAGCAGGUGGUUGGGAGUGAGGGAGGUGGCGGGGGAGGAGGAAGAGGAGGCCUGAGUAGGAAGAUGUCUUACGACAGUGCUGCAGCUUAUUCCCACCCAAACCUCCUGCACCGGGGGGACGGAGGAAGCUAUGGAGGCUACCCCUGUGGCGCCCAUGAGCCUGUCCUCCCCGUAAACAAAACCUCUCCAGACUGUUGCCUUCCCAACCUGGCUGUGUCCAGCCUGAGAAAUGUGGUCCGCCGCCGCAACAUUGGUAUAGACCAUUACAGCUCUGACUCCCAGCUUCCCCAGUUUGGCAGCCACAGCAGCCACCUAGAGAGUGGAGACUCCUCCAGGUGUGUUGUAGGGGGAACUGAGAAGCGUAAACUGGUCAGUAGUAGAUCCUCCACACUGUCGGGCUCCAGGGAGUCCCUGGAGAGUGGUGCCCAGAGAAGAGGCCCUGCAAACCUGGAGAGGAGAGGCUCGGGGGCCCUGCUCCUGGAUCACAUCUCCCACACCCGCCCGGGGUACCUGCCCCCUCUCAACCCCCACGCACCCAUACCCGACAUCGGGGUCAGCCCCACCUCAACCUGCCCCAGCCUGAGUGGAAGCACCAAGGCACUGAAUCUGAACGGGGGUGUUGCAGGGCUGGGAUCAAAGCCUCUUGUCCCCUGUGCUCCUGCCAUCCCCAGAGAUCUGAAGUCAAAGCAGACACUGCUGAGGAGACACUCCAUGCAGACAGAGCAGAUUAAACAGCUGGUCAACCUCCAGGAGAUAAUCCAUGCAGACAGAGCAGAUUAAACAGCUGUUCAACCUCCAUGAGCUCUUUCGGCCAAUAAGACGAACGAUGCUAGAUUGAUCCCAGAUCUGUUUGUACUGUCUUGUCAAUGUUACUCCUUGGCAAAACAGCACAAACCGUUCUGGGACCAGGCUAAAAGGUUGCAUUUUCUUUGUGUCUGGCUACUGUGUGCUUGGCUGACUGUGAUCGCUUCCUAUGUCAAGCAUUGUUGCUGCUGUGUGACAAUGACAUCGUGCUGCUGUGACCAUGGCAUCGUUAACAAAUAACUUCUUACCAGAAGACUUAUUGCUCAUCCCAGCUUUUUCAAUGUGCUUAAUUACACUUAUUUUGCCAACCAGACUUGUCAUUCCAUCAAGCUCAUGAAGGAAUAACGAUUGGUGCAUCAGGACCAUUGAGAACACGCCAGGAAACAGGGCUCUUAUUUAAUUAAUUAAUCGAUCGAUCUCCGUUUGAAGCCUGAGAUGCAGAAAUUGCAUGGCACAACAGACAGAAAUGCUUUUAACUAGUGAUGUGUUUUUUAAAAAUCUAUAGUUACAAUCGCAAUAUUAUUUUGGGACGAUAUUACAUCGAUACUCUUUGCCUUGUAGCGUUAGCUUGCGCUAGUCGGCUGUACCAACGCCAAAACUCCGGUAUUUUUCAUCCUGUAGCUUGUUCUCCAUCUUCUUUUGAAAUAGUGAGCCAACAUGUUUUCAGCGCUUUUAUUUCCAUUACGUGUCAUAAAGAAUUUUCCCAUGGCUCUCUUGUCUCUCUGCA